CUGCAGUGCAGUGGAGUUAGCUGAGCUCCCUAUAUGGCUGUGGAUUAGCUAUAUGCUAAUACUGAUAGGAGAGGAGCGGUACAGAGCGCAGUGAGCUGACGGUGGAGGCGAUCAGAGUCUCAGCAGAGCUGACUCCUCAAGAGCCAUGGCUGAAGGGGGUGAAGGAGGGGAAGAUGAAAUACAGUUCCUACGAACUGAUGACGAAGUAGUACUUCAGUGUGUUGCCAGUAUUCACAAAGAACAAAGGAAGUUUUGCUUGGCAGCUGAGGGACUUGGGAAUCGCCUGUGCUUUUUGGAACCAACAUCAGAAGCUAAAUAUGUCCCUCCGGACCUUUGCGUCUGUAAUUUCGUCCUUGAACAGUCCCUAUCUGUCAGAGCCCUUCAAGAAAUGCUGGCCAGCACAGGGGAUAAUGCUAGUGAAGGGUUUAUAAGAAAGGCAGCUCAGGGUGGUGGUCACAGAACCCUGCUCUAUGGCCAUGCAAUACUACUUCGACAUUCGUUCAGUGAAAUGUAUUUGACAUGUUUAACAUCAUCAAGAUCCCAGACAGAUAAACUUGCAUUUGAUGUAGGACUACGAGAAAAUGCAGCAGGUGAGGCAUGCUGGUGGACAAUACAUCCUGCUUCUAAGCAAAGGUCAGAAGGAGAAAAAGUUCGAAUAGGUGAUGAUCUUAUCCUGGUCAGUGUGUCCUCUGAAAGAUACCUGCAUCUGUCCGUGUCAAAUGGAAGUAUUCAUGUGGAUGCCUCCUUUAUGCAGACACUAUGGAAUGUACAUCCUAUAUGCUCAGGAAGCAAUAUUACAGAAGGAUAUCUUCUUGGUGGGCAUGUAGUACGUUUUUUCCAUGGCCAUGAUGAGUGCUUGACAAUUCCAUCUACAGAUCAGAAUGAUUCACAGCACAAAAAAGUCCUUUAUGAAACUGGAGGAGCUGGCGUUCGAGCAAGGUCUUUGUGGAGAGUAGAACCCCUUCGAAUAAGCUGGAGUGGAAGUAAUAUCAGAUGGGGACAGCCUUUCCGUCUUCGACAUAUUACAACAGGAAAGUAUUUGGCUCUGAAUGAAGAUGAAGGAGUUGUAAUAUUAGACAGAGAAAAGUCAGACACAACAUCUACUGCUUUUUGUUUCAGAGCAUCAAAGGAGCUAAAAGAAAAGCAGGAUUCUAGUCUCAAACGUGACAUGGAUGGGAUGGGAGUCCCAGAAAUAAAGUAUGGUGAUUCGAUCUGUUUUGUCCAACAUGUGGCCACUUCCUUAUGGUUGACUUACAAAGCACUGGACGCUAAAUCGGCACGUUUAGGUCCCUUGAAAAGAAAGGUUAUAUUACACCAAGAAGGUCAUAUGGAUGAUGGCCUCACAUUACAAAGAUGUCAGCACGAGGAAUCCCAGGCUGCUCGAAUCAUUCGCAAUACUACAAGCUUAUUCAGCCACUUUAUAAGUGGAAACAACAGAACACUAUCACCCUCUGCCCUGCCUGUUGAGGAGAUGGCUCAGACUCUGCAAGACCUUAUUACAUACUUCCAGCUUCCCGAAGAAGACCUGCAACAUGAAGAUAAGCAAAACAAACUCCGCUCACUCAAAAACAGACAAAAUUUAUUCAAAGAAGAGGGAAUGCUGGCACUAGUUCUGAAUUGCAUUGAUCGCUUAAAUGACUACAACAGUGCAGCUCAUUUUGCAGGAAUUUCAAGGGAAGAACACGGUACUGCAUGGAAAGAAAUUUUGAAUCUCCUUUACAAAUUGUUAGCUGCUCUCAUUCGUGGCAACAGAAACAAUUGCGCUCAAUUUUCCAGUAACCUUGAUUGGUUAAUCAGUAAAUUGGAUAGAUUAGAAUCUUCCUCAGGCAUUUUGGAAGUAUUGCACUGCAUCUUGAUUGAAAGCCCGGAAGCUUUAAAUUUAAUAUCUGAGGAACACAUCAAAUCCAUUAUUUCAUUGUUGGAUAAACACGGGAGAAAUUACAAGGUUCUCGAUGUGCUUUGCUCUCUCUGUGUCUGCAAUGGAGUUGCAGUUCGUGCCAAUCAAAAUUUGAUUUGUGACAAUUUACUACCUAGAAGAGACUUACUUUUGCAAACACGUUUGAUUAAUGAUGUGACAAGCAUAAGGCCAAACAUAUUUUUGGGUGUUGCUGAGGGCUCUGCACAAUACAAGAAGUGGUACUUUGAGUUAAUAAUUGAUCAGGUUGAUCCAUUCUUGACGGCAGAACCCACUCAUUUACGAGUUGGAUGGGCCUCUACUUCAGGCUAUGCCCCCUAUCCUGGAGGUGGAGAAGGAUGGGGAGGCAAUGGUGUUGGUGAUGACCUGUACUCCUAUGGUUUUGAUGGCCUUCAUCUGUGGUCUGGUCGAGUACCCAGAGCUGUAGCAUCUGUCAAUCAGCAUUUAUUAGCAUCUGAUGAUGUGGUUAGCUGCUGUUUGGAUUUAGGUGUACCCAGCAUUUCAUUCCGCAUUAAUGGACAGCCUGUACAGGGAAUGUUUGAGAACUUCAGUACAGAAGGGUUUUUCUUCCCUGUUGUAAGCUUAUCAGCAGGUGUAAAAGUUCGUUUUUUGUUGGGUGGACGUCAUGGAGAGUUUAAAUUUCUGCCUCCUGCUGGCUAUGCUCCCUGUUAUGAAGCAUUGCUUCCAAAAGAGAAGAUGAAACUGGAACCAGUGAAAGAAUAUAAAAGAGAUUUUGAAGGAGUGAGGGAUUUGUUGGGUACAACACAAUUCCUCUCGCAAGCUUCUUUUAUUCCUUGUCCAAUAGACACCAGUCAGAUUGCUCUUCCUUUUCAUCUUGAAAAGAUCAGGGACAAGCUAGCUGAAAACAUCCAUGAACUGUGGGGAAUGAAUAAAAUAGAACUGGGCUGGACAUAUGGCAAGAUACGAGAUGAUAAUAAAAGGCAUCAUCCUUGUCUUGUGGAAUUCUCCAAACUACCUGAGACAGAGAAGAAUUAUAAUCUACAAAUGUCAACUGAAACACUCAAAACUCUUUUGGCCCUUGGAUGUCACAUUGUUCAUGCUCAUCCAGCAGCUGAGGAAGAUCUUAAAAAAGUCAAACUUCCUAAAAAUUACAUGAUGUCAAAUGGAUAUAAACCUGCCCCUCUUGAUCUUUCUGAAGUGAAAUUGUUACCUUCUCAAGAAUUUCUGGUUGACAAACUAGCAGAAAAUGCACAUAAUGUCUGGGCAAAAGACAGAAUAAAGCAAGGAUGGACCUAUGGCAUUCAGCAGGAUCUUAAGAACAAACGUAAUCCUCGGCUAGUGCCAUAUGCAUUAUUAGAUGAACGCACUAAGAAAUCCAACAGAGACAGCCUCCGUGAAGCUGUUAGAACAUUUGCAGGCUAUGGUUAUAGUAUUGAACCACCUGACCAAGAGAUAGCUGACCAAACAGUGGAAAAAGUCAGCAUCGACAAGAUACGAUUUUUCAGAGUAGAAAAAUCUUAUGCAGUGAAGUCUGGAAAGUGGUACUUUGAAUUUGAAGCUGUGACAGGUGGAGAUAUGCGGGUUGGCUGGGCCAGGCCAGGCUGUCGACCUGACAUAGAGCUGGGAGCUGAUGACCAAGCAUUUGUAUUUGAAGGAAGCAAAGGCCAGCGUUGGCAUCAAGGCAGUGGAUUCUUUGGACGAAGCUGGCAACCAGGAGAUGUGGUUGGUUGUAUGAUAAACUUGGAUGACAAAUCAAUUAUCUUUACUCUGAAUGGAGAGUUGUUAAUAACCAGUAAAGGGUCAGAACUUGCAUUUGCUGACUUUGAAAUAGGAAAUGGUUUUGUUCCAGUUUGUGCACUGGGCCUAUCUCAGAUUGGUCGCAUGAACCUUGGAAUGGAUGCCAGUACAUUCAAGUAUUAUACAAUGUGUGGCCUUCAAGAAGGUUUUGAACCUUUUGCUGUCAACAUGAACCGAGAUGUUGCUAUGUGGUUUAGUAAACGCUUACCAACAUUUGUCAAUGUGCCAAAAAAUCAUCCUCACAUUAAGAUAUGGAGAAUUGAUGGAACCAUUGAAAGUCCACCUCGGUUAAAAGUUACUCACAAAACAUUUGGCACACAGAACAGCAAUUCAGACAUGAUAUAUUGUCGUUUGAGUAUGCCCAUUGAGUUCCACUCAUCAUUCAACAUGGGUGUGGAAAAUACCUCAUCUGAUGUUUUCCAAAAAAGAAAGCACAGCCAAGAAAUUGCUGCUCCUUCUACUACUUAUUUUUACUCACUAAGGAUAUUUGCUGGCCAAGACCCAUCUUCUGUCUGGGUUGGCUGGGUAACACCAGACUAUCAUUUCUACAGUGAGAAUUUUGACAUAAAUAAAAAUUGUACAGUGACAGUUACUUUAGGAGAUGAGAGAGGAAGGGUUCAUGAAAGUGUGAAGCGCAGCAACUGCUACAUGGUUUGGGGAGGAGAUGUAAUUGCUAAUUCCCAGAGAUCAGGUCGCAGUAAUGUUGAUAUAGAAAUUGGAUGCUUUGUUGACCUGGCUACUGGAAUGGUGUCAUUCACAGCCAAUGGAAGAGAACUUGGCAGUUGUUAUCAGGUUGAACCAAACACGAAGCUUUUUCCAGCAGCUUUUUUACAGCCUACAAGCACUAACUUGGUUCAAUUUGAACUUGGUAAAUUAAAGAAUACCAUGCCUUUAUCAGCAGCAAUUUUUAAAAGUGAAGAAAGAAAUCCUGUUCCUCAGUGUCCCCCUCGCCUUGAUGUGCAAACAAUUACACCUGUUUUAUGGAGCAGGAUGCCAAACAGCUUUCUAAGAGUAGAAACUGAGCGGGUCAGUGAACGUCAUGGCUGGGUUGUGCAAUGUUUGGAACCUCUGCAGAUGAUGGCACUUCAUAUCCCAGAAGAAAACAGAUGUGUUGAUAUUUUGGAACUAUGUGAACAAGAAGAUUUGAUGAAGUUUCACUACCACACUUUAAAACUCUAUAGCUCAGUUAGUGCUCUAGGUAACACUAGAGUUGCUUAUGCACUUUGUAGCCACGUGGACAUAUCUCAGCUAUUUUUUACAAUAGAUAAUCAAUACUUACCUGGACUUCUACGUUCUGGAUUCUACGACUUGCUUAUUAGUAUUCAUUUGGAGUAUGCCAAGCAAGCCAAGCUCAUGAUGAGCAAUGAAUUUAUCAUUCCAGUUACAGAUGAAACUCGAACUAUUAAACUAUAUCCCAAUGAAACAAAGAAGCAUGGUUUACCUGGAGUAGGGCUUAGCACUUGUCUGAAACCAGCCUUUAAUUUUUCUACUCCAUGCUUUAUUGCAACCACUGAAGAACGUCAGACAUCCAGUCCAGAAAUACCCCUGGAGACACUUAAAUCCAAGGCCAUAAGUAUGUUAACAGAGGCAGUACAGUGUAGUGGUGCUCAUAUACGAGACCCUGUUGGAGGACAGGUUGAAUUCCAGUUUGUUCCUGUUCUUAAACUAAUAGCAACAUUGCUUAUAAUGGGUGUUUUUGAUGAUGAUGAUGUGAAGCAGAUUUUACUCCUCAUUGAUCCCACUGUGUUUGGAGAUCACAAGGAAGAAACAGAAGAGAGAACAGAGAAGGAAGAAGUUACAAAAGUUGAAGAAAAAGCUGUCGAAGCUGGGGAGAAAGCAAUAAAACAAACAGAAGCUCCUGCAAAGGGCUUAUUGCAGACAAGAUUACCAGAAUCUGUUAAGCUUCAGAUGUGUCAUUUACUCAAUUAUUUUUGUGACUGUGAACUACAACAUAGAGUGGAAGCAAUUGUAUCAUUUGCAGACCGUUAUGUAUCAAAAUUGCAGUAUAAUCAGAAAUACAGGUACAAUGAACUCAUGCAAGCCUUGAACAUGUCUGCUGCUUUGACUGCCAAGAAAACAAAAGAAUUUCGGUCUCCUCCUCAAGAACAGAUUAAUAUGUUGCUGAAUUUUCAACUGGGAGAGGAUUGUCCCUGUCCAGAGGAGAUUCGGGAGGAGUUAUAUGAAUUUCAUGAUGAUCUUUUAAUUCACUGUGGUAUUCCAUUAGAAGAAGAGGAAGAGGAAGAGGAAGAUUCCUCCUUGACUGGCAAACUCCGUUCAUUAAUGUACAAAAUCAAAGGUCCACCAAAAGCAGAAAAAGUGGAACCUGAGGAGGAAGAAGAGAAAUCUCCUACUACACUGAAAGAACUCAUAUCCCAGACUAUGGUGCGCUGGUCCCAAGAAGAUCAGAUUCAAGACCCUGAAUUAGUUCGGAUUAUGUACAGCCUCCUUCGUAGGCAAUAUGACAGUAUUGGUGAGCUACUGCAAGCUCUGAGAAAAGCAUAUACUAUUAGUGCUGCCUCUGUGAAGGAUACCAUUAAUCUGCUUGCAGCACUGGGCCAGAUUCGCUCACUUCUCAGUGUGAGGAUGGGAAAAGAGGAGGAACUGCUGAUGAUUAAUGGAUUAGGGGAUAUAAUGAACAACAAGGUGUUUUAUCAGCAUCCGAACUUAAUGAGAGUCUUGGGCAUGCAUGAGACUGUUAUGGAUGUGAUGGUGAAUGUGCUUGGAGGAGAUAAAUCUCAGCAGAUCGCUUUUCCGAAGAUGGUGGCAAGCUGUUGCCGAUUCCUGUGCUACUUCUGUCGAAUUAGUCGUCAAAACCAAAAGGCCAUGUUUGAGCAUCUUAGUUACUUACUGGAAAACAGCAGUGUUGGACUGGCAUUUCCUUCAAUGAGAGGUUCGACACCACUAGAUGUUGCAGCAGCUUCUGUUAUGGACAACAAUGAACUUGCACUCGCAUUGGAGGAGCCAGAUCUUGAUAAGGUUGUUACCUACCUGGCAGGUUGUGGCUUGCAGAGUUGUCCAGUAUUGCUGGCUAAAGGAUAUCCAGACAUUGGAUGGAACCCCAUAGAGGGUGAACGUUACCUGUCAUUCUUACGAUUUGCAGUUUUUGUUAAUAGUGAAAGUGUUGAGGAAAAUGCAAAUGUUGUUGUCAAGCUCCUUAUUCGACGGCCAGAGUGUUUUGGGCCAGACCUUAGAGGAGAAGGAGGAAAUGGUUUGCUGGCUGCUAUGCAGGAAGCUAUCAGGAUCUCAGAGAAUCCUGCUCGUGACCUUCCUUCCCAGGCAUAUAAAAGAGAAGGUGAUGAGGAGGAGGAGGAAGAGGAGACUGUGCACAUGGGUAAUGCAAUCAUGUCAUUUUACUCAGCUCUUAUAGAUUUACUUGGACGCUGUGCACCAGAAAUGCAUCUUAUUCAAAGUGGAAAAGGGGAAGCUAUUCGAAUCAGGUCUAUCCUUCGAUCUCUAGUGCCAACUGAAGAUUUGGUUGGGAUUAUAAGUAUACCACUAAAACUGUCAACAGUUAACAAAGAUGGCACAGUAAAUGAGCCAGACAUGUCUGCAAGUUUCUGUCCUGACCAUAAAGCACCCAUGGUACUUUUCUUGGAUCGUGUCUACGGUAUUAAGGACCAAAGCUUCCUCCUUCACCUACUGGAAGUUGGAUUUUUACCAGAUUUAAGAGCCUCUGCCUCUUUGGAUACAGUUUCUCUGAGUACCACAGAGGCAGCUCUGGCACUAAAUAGAUACAUUUGCUCCGCUGUGUUUCCAUUACUCAAAAGAUGUGCUCCCCUCUUCUCUGGAACAGAGCAUCAUGCCUCUCUGGUUGACUCCAUGCUUCACACAAUAUAUAGGUUAUCCAAGGGACGAUCUCUUACAAAAGCACAAAGAGACACUAUUGAAGAAUGCCUGCUUGCUAUUUGCCAGCACUUACGUCCCUCUAUGCUACAACAACUGUUGAGAAGGCUGGUUUUUGAUGUGCCCCUGCUCAAUGAAUACUGUAAAAUGCCUCUUAAGCUUCUGACAAAUCACUAUGAGCAGUGCUGGAAAUAUUAUUGUCUGCCUUCAGGAAUGGGAAGCUAUGGAUUUGCAGCAGAAGAAGAAUUACAUUUAACUGAAAAACUUUUCUGGGGAAUAUUUGAUUCCUUGUCUCAUAAGAAGUAUGAUCCAGAGCUCUUUCGAAUGGCUUUGCCCUGUCUAAGUGCUAUAGCUGGUGCCUUGCCCCCUGAUUAUUUAGAUACACGAAUUAUGUCAACUUUAGAAAAGCAGACUUCAAUGGAUCCAGAAGGAAAUUUUGAUCCCAAGCCUGUCAGCACAUCAAACCUUGUACUUCCUGAAAAGUUGGAGUAUAUUGUAAGCAAGUAUGCUGAACAUUCCCAUGAUAAAUGGGCCUUUGAUAAGACAAAUAGUGGAUGGAAAUACGGUGUUUCACUGGAUGAAAAUAUGAAGACUCACCCAUUAAUAAGACCUUUCAAAACUUUAGCUGAAAAGGAAAAGGAAAUUUAUCGUUGGCCUGCCAGAGAAUCAUUGAAAACCAUGUUGGCCUUGGGAUGGAGCCUGGAAAGGACCAAGGAAGGAGGAGAAACAAUAAUACAUCAGCGUGAAAAUGAAAAGCUCCGCAGCAUAUCUCAGUCUAGUCAGGGAAAUGGGUAUAUCCCGGCACCACUUGAUCUCUCUAAUGUGGCACUUUCUAGGGAGCUUCAGGGAAUGGUUGAGGUAAUGGCAGAAAACUACCAUAAUAUAUGGGCCAAAAAGAAGAAAAUGGAGUUGGAAAGCAAAGGUGGAGGUAGUCAUCCUUUACUGGUACCUUAUGAUACACUGACAGCCAAGGAGAAAUCACGAGACCGUGAAAAGGCACAAGAGCUGUUUAAAUUCCUUCAAGUCAAUGGUAUAAUCAUAUCUCGGGGCCUGAAUGACAUGGAGUUGGAUGCUUCAUCCAUGGAGAAGAGGUUUGCCUUUAAGUUUCUGAAGAAAAUUUUAAAAUAUGUUGAUUCUGCUCAAGAGUUUAUUGCACAUUUGGAAGCCAUUGUAACCAGUGGAAAAACUGAAAAAUCUCCACAUGACCAAGAAAUAAAAUUCUUUGCUAAAGUCCUUUUACCAUUAGUUGAUCAGUACUUUACAAAUCACUGCCUCUACUUCCUGUCUUCUCCAUCAAAAAGCCUCAGCAGCAGUGGAUAUGCAUCAAAUAAGGAAAAGGAAAUGGUAGCAAGCCUGUUCUGCAAGCUAGCUGCUCUUGUUAGACAUAGGAUCUCACUUUUUGGUAGUGAUUCUGCUACAAUGGUGAACUGCCUGCACAUCCUAGCUCAGUCUCUUGACACACGAACUGUUAUGAAAUCAGGAUCUGAACUCGUUAAAGCAGGAUUGCGUGCCUUUUUUGAAAAUGCUGCUGAAGACUUGGAAAAAACUUCAGAAAAUCUUAAACUUGGAAAAUUUACUCAUUCACGAACACAAAUGAAGGGUGUUUCACAAAAUAUCAAUUAUACUACAGUAGCAUUGUUACCAAUCUUGACAUCAAUUUUUGAACAUAUUUCACAACAUCAGUUUGGAAUUGAUUUACUUUUGGGUGAUGUACAAGUUUCAUGUUACAGAAUUCUUUGUAGCCUCUAUUCUCUUGGGACUGGAAAGAACAUCUAUGUUGAAAGGCAGCGUCCUGCACUUGGUGAAUGUUUAGCAUCUCUUGCGGCAGCCAUUCCAGUAGCAUUCCUUGAACCUUCUCUCAAUCAUUACAACCCAUUGUCUGUUUUCAACACAAAAAGUGCAAGAGAAAGAGCAAUUUUAGGUAUGCCUGAUACAGUAGAAGAGAUGUGUCCAGAGAUCCCUCAGCUGGAUGGACUAAUAAAGGAAAUUAAUGAUUUAGCAGAGUCUGGAGCAAGGUAUACUGAAAUGCCUCACGUCAUUGAGGUUAUCUUACCCAUGCUAUGCAACUAUUUAUCCUACUGGUGGGAAAGAGGGUCUGAGAGUGUUCCUCAAAGUGGUGGGCCUUGCUGUACAAUGAUAACGUCUGAGCAUCUGAGCAUCGUUCUUGGGAACAUUCUAAAAAUCAUUAACAACAAUCUGGGAAUAGAUGAAGCAUCUUGGAUGAAAAGAAUUGCAGUUUAUGCUCAACCCAUCAUCAGCAAAGCCAGACCUGAUCUACUCAGAUCUCACUUUAUUCCAACACUGGAUAAGUUGAAGAAGAAAGCUAUAAAGAUAGUGAUGGAAGAGGAGCAACUGAAAGCAGAUAGUAAAGCUGACACCCAAGAAGCUGAGCUACUCAUUCUCGAUGAAUUUGCUGUACUUUGUAGAGACCUUUAUGCCUUCUAUCCAAUGUUGAUACGUUAUGUAGACAACAACAGAGCCAACUGGCUAAAGAAACCAGAUGCGGAUUCUGAUGAACUCUUUCGAAUGGUCGCUGAAGUUUUUAUCCUGUGGUGUAAAUCCCAUAAUUUCAAAAGAGAAGAACAAAAUUUUGUGAUUCAGAAUGAAAUCAACAAUUUGGCAUUCUUAACAGGAGACACCAAGAGCAAGAUGUCUAAACAGAGUGCUCGGAGGGGAAUGGCCAUGCAAGUAAAGUCUGGAGGACAAGAUCAAGAGAGGAAGAAAUCAAAACGUAGAGGGGAUUUGUACUCCAUACAAACAUCUUUGAUUGUGGCUGCACUUAAAAAGAUGCUUCCUAUUGGUUUGAAUAUGUGUACUCCUGGAGAUCAAGAGCUCAUCUCAUUGGCUAAGACUAGAUACAGCCAUAGGGACACGGAUGAUGAAGUCAAAGAACAUUUACGUAACAACUUACAUUUGCAGGAAAAGUCUGAUGAUCCAGCUGUGAAAUGGCAGCUAAAUCUGUACAAAGACAUUUUGAAAAGUGAUGGACCUACUGACCCUGAGAGAAAUGUUGAACGUGUGCAGAGGAUAUCAGCUGCUCUAUAUCAUCUGGAACAGGUUGAACAACCACUGAGAUCAAAAAAAGCUGUUUGGCACAAACUCCUAUCAAAACAACGCAAAAGGGCUGUUGUUGCAUGUUUCAGAAUGGCACCAUUAUACAACCUGCCAAGACACAAAAUUAGCAAUUUCUUCCUGAGCACCUUUCAACGUGUUUGGCUGGAAAAAGUACAUGAAAAAACUCAGUAUGACAGGCUUAUACUCAAGUUAACGACAUCUCCAAAAAAAGAUGAAGAGGAAGAAGAAGAGACCGAGAAAAACCAUCCUGAUCCGCUUCAUCAGAUUAUCCUCUAUUUUAGUCGCAGCGCUCUCACAGAGAGAAGUAAACUAGAAGAUGAUCCUUUAUAUAUUGCCUAUUCUGCGAUGAUGGCAAAAAGCUGUCAGGAAGAAGAAGAGGAAGAAGAAGAAAAAGACAAGACAUUUGAGGAGAAAGAAAUGGAAAAACAGAGGACACUUUAUCAGCAAGCUCGCUUACAUGAUCGUGGAGCUGCUGAGAUGGUCCUUCAGAUGAUCAGUGCAAGCAAAGGUCAUACAGGGCCCAUGGUUGUUGAAACACUAAAACUUGGUAUUGCUAUUCUAAAUGGUGGAAACACCAUAGUUCAACAGAAAAUGCUGGACUACCUGAAGGAGAAAAGGGAUGCUGGUUUUUUUCAAAGUCUUUCGGGCUUGAUGCAGUCCUGCAGUGUUCUUGACUUGAAUGCGUUUGAGAGACAGAAUAAAGCAGAAGGCCUGGGAAUGGUUACUGAAGAAGGAACUCUCAUCGUUCGUGAGCGUGGUGAAAAGGUCUUGCAGCACGAUGAAUUUACUCGAGAUCUGUUUAGAUUUUUGCAACUGCUCUGUGAAGGGCAUAACAAUGAUUUUCAGAAUUACUUACGUACUCAGAUGGGCAACACCACAACAGUGAAUAUUAUCAUUAGUACAGUCGACUACCUCUUGCGUCUUCAGGAAUCCAUCAGUGACUUCUAUUGGUACUAUUCGGGAAAGGAUGUAAUUGAUGAAUCAGGACAACGUAAUUUUUCUAAAGCUUUGGCUGUCACCAAACAAAUAUUCAAUUCCCUUACAGAAUAUAUCCAGGGCCCUUGCAUAGGUAAUCAACAGAGUCUGGCUCAUAGUAGGCUGUGGGAUGCAGUUGUUGGCUUUCUUCAUGUCUUUGCCAACAUGCAAAUGAAACUUUCACAGGACUCUGCUCAGAUUGAAUUGCUUAAGGAACUACUAGAUCUGCUAAAGGAUAUGGUAGUGAUGCUCUUGUCACUGCUUGAAGGUAACGUUGUAAAUGGAACUAUCGGAAAACAAAUGGUAGACACGCUUGUAGAAUCAUCUAGCAAUGUAGAAAUGAUUUUGAAGUUCUUCGACAUGUUCCUGAAGUUAAAAGAUCUGACUAACUCAGAUGCUUUCAAAGAGUACGACCCAGAUGGUAAAGGAAUAAUUUCAAAGAAGGAAUUUCAGAAAUCAAUGGAGGCUCAAAAACAAUACAUACAGUCAGAGAUUGAUUUUCUGCUGUCCUGUACAGAAGCUGAUGAAAAUGAUAUGUUUAACUAUGUUGACUUUGUGGAAAGAUUCCAUGAACCAGCCAAAGACAUUGGAUUUAAUGUAGCAGUACUGCUAACAAACCUUUCAGAGCACAUGCCUAAUGAUUCACGCCUUCAGAGCUUACUUGAACCUGCAGAAAGUGUUCUUAAUUACUUUGAACCAUAUCUUGGCCGUAUUGAAAUAAUGGGUGGGGCCAAGAAAAUAGAAAGAGUUUACUUUGAAAUCAGUGAAUCCAGUAGAAUGCAAUGGGAGAAGCCACAGGUAAAGGAAUCCAAAAGACAGUUCAUAUUUGAUGUUGUAAAUGAAGGUGGAGAGCAAGAAAAAAUGGAACUCUUUGUUAAUUUCUGUGAAGACACAAUCUUUGAAAUGCAGUUAGCAUCUCAGAUCUCUGAAACAGAUUCUACUGAGAGGCCUGAGGAAGAGGAAGAGGCAGAGUCUGCUUAUGUAGUGGAUAUUGGAGAUGAUGAGGAAGAAGAAAAGUCCCUGGAGCCAGCUUCAGCUUUUGCAGUUGCCUGUGUUGCAGUGAAGAAGAAUGUUGCCAACUUUUUUAAAAUGGUCACCAUUAAGAACCUAAGGAAACAAUACAGGAAAGUUAAAAAGAUGACAGUAAAAGAGAUGGUGAAAGUGUUUUUCUCCUUUUUCUGGAUCCUAUUUGUAGGGACAUUUCAACUGUUCUUUUCUGUAGUGUGGGGAAUAUUCAAGAUUCUUUGGAGCACUGUAUUUGGGGGUGGCCUGGUUGAAGGAGCCAAAAACAUAAAAGUUACUAAAAUAUUAGGGGAUAUGCCUGAUCCAACACAGUUUGGAAUCCAUGAUGAUGUUAUGGAAGCAGAAAAAGCUGAAGGUGCUGAGCAUGGCAUCAGAGCUGAACUUGUGCAGUUUGUGAAGGGUGAAAAGGGAGAAACUGACAUAAUCGCAGACAUUUUUGGCAUUCCUUCGAAGAAAGAAGGUGGAUCAAAACAUGGUCAUGAUGCUGGACUUGGAGAUAUUGCAGAAAUCCUUGGUACUGAGAUCCAGACAUCCUUAGAAAACACAGUUCAUAAGAAAAAAGGAUUACAGAUAUCUGAAAUUGCAAAAGAAGCUGGAACGCAAAGAAAAGCAGAAGCUGAGAAGGCCGACACGGAAGAUGGUGAGAAACAAGAUAAAGCAAAGGAAGUACAAUCUGAGCAGGUCGAAGAGGGAAAAAUCAAGAAAAAGAAGCGAAGGCAUGGACAAAAAAUUGAGAAACCAGAGGCUGUUAUGGCUAACUUCUUCAAAGCUUUGGAAAUUUAUCAAACAAAAAUGCUUCACUACUUGGCAAGAAAUUUUUAUAACUUAAGAUUUCUUGCUCUAUUUGUUGCAUUUGCCAUCAAUUUUAUUCUUCUAUUUUACAAGGUGACAGAAGAACCACUUGAUGAAGUAGAGGAAGACUCUAAUCUCUGGAAUUCUUUUGCUGAAGAGGAAGAGGAGGAGGGCAUGGUCUUUUUUGUUUUAGAAGAAAGUACAGGCUACAUGGCACCUGCUCUCAGAGCACUGGCAGUUAUUCAUACUAUCAUCUCCUUUGUCUGUGUGAUUGGAUACUAUUGCUUAAAGGUCCCUUUGGUUGUAUUCAAGAGGGAAAAGGAGGUAGCUAGAAAGCUGGAAUUUGAUGGACUGUACAUAACCGAACAGCCAACUGAAGACGAUAUUAAAGGACAGUGGGAUCGCCUCGUUAUAAAUACUCCGUCCUUCCCUAACAAUUACUGGGACAAAUUUGUAAAACGGAAGGUUAUUAACAAGUACGGAGACUUAUAUGGAGCAGAGCGCAUUGCAGAACUUCUGGGUUUGGACAAAAGUGCCCUUGAUUUUAGUCCAGUGGAAGAGAGUGAACCAGAAGAGGCAUCUCUUGUAUCAUGGUUAAGCUCCAUUGAUACAAAGUACCACAUUUGGAAGCUUGGAGUUGUUUUCACUGAUAAUUCAUUUUUAUACUUAGCUUGGUACACAACUAUGUCUAUCCUUGGGCACUACAACAACUUCUUCUUUGCUGCUCAUCUGCUGGAUAUUGCUAUGGGUUUUAAGACACUGCGAACUAUUUUGUCUUCAGUCACUCACAAUGGCAAACAGCUUGUUCUUACUGUGGGACUCCUCGCUGUAGUAGUGUACCUUUACACUGUUGUGGCAUUCAACUUCUUCCGCAAAUUCUACAACAAAAGUGAAGAUGAAGAUGAACCAGAUAUGAAAUGUGAUGACAUGAUGACGUGUUACCUGUUCCAUAUGUAUGUGGGUGUAAGAGCUGGUGGUGGCAUUGGAGAUGAAAUUGAGGAUCCUGCUGGAGACCCUUAUGAAAUGUAUCGAAUUGUCUUUGACAUCACAUUUUUCUUCUUUGUCAUUGUAAUCCUACUGGCCAUUAUUCAAGGUCUGAUUAUUGAUGCUUUUGGUGAAUUAAGAGACCAGCAAGAACAAGUGAGGGAAGACAUGGAGACCAAAUGUUUUAUUUGUGGAAUCGGUAAUGACUAUUUUGACACAACCCCACAUGGCUUCGAAACACAUACUUUGCAAGAACAUAACUUGGCAAACUAUCUGUUCUUCUUAAUGUAUCUAAUUAACAAGGAUGAAACUGAGCAUACUGGCCAGGAGUCAUUUGUGUGGAAGAUGUACCAAGAAAGAUGUUGGGAUUUUUUCCCAGCAGGGGACUGCUUCCGAAAACAGUAUGAGGAUCAACUUGGCUAAUAUCACAAAAAAAAUUAUUUAUUCGUGAACUAUUAAGAUUAAAAAAAAAAAAAAAAAAGAAAUCUUUUCAUGAUGCAAUUUCACAGCUUGUAUUUGCUUUAAAUGUCUUUAAACUUUAAGACACGUAUAAAAUUUGACACUAUUUCAUAGGCUUUUUGUACCUACCACAUGUGAAACUGGUCUUUUGUUGGAAUUUUAAUUAGAAAAGAGAAAACUAUGCCAGAUUAACUUAAGCCUUCCACUUCAAACAUGGCCUAAAAUUAUAACAACUUUUUAACCACAUCAUUAACCUGGUGUUUGGAAGUACAGUUGAAAGGGCUAAAAGGCAUCUUAAUUGCACAUUUGACAUUGAAGAACUUGAACAUCAGAGGCCAUGCCUCAGAGAAAAUAGUUCAGCUAACUGCUGUCCAGUUUUUCCCCAUGGUAUUUGCUAGUGAAUGUAUUAAGAUACAGUUUGAAAAGCUUUAAGCAGUUAAAAAGAAAUCAUUUUCAAACACUUUGUCAACCUUGAAACAUUAAAGUGCCUUAAAACCUCUGUAGACAUAGCUAUGCAAACUUUUUAUUUAUGUUAGUGUUCUAGAUGAACAGACCCAUUAACUGUAUUGCUUUUCUGUCUUUCUGUAUCAAAUUGCACUUGAAGUUUGUUUAUACUACCUUCAAUAACAGCUUAUUAGAUGCUGCUGUUAAAAGACAUACACUGUAUCAAAAUGAACACAGUUUAAAUCUUAGGCCAAAAUAAACAAUGCUCUACGGUCACCUGCAAAUAGAAGUUGUUAGGAUUAUGCAUUUUUUUUUCUUCUAAUAAAAGUGCCCACUGCAAUAAAGUAUUAUAAACCAAA